AGGGGGGGCGGGAAGCCAGCACACGGAUGACGUCACGAUCAGGGCUGGCGCGCACGUCCUGGUUUCAGCGUUGCACUGAGGGCUGCUUGCUAGACUAAGGAUGUCUAGGUUCUUUUGUGUUGCCCUCGAGAAGUUCUGAACUUUGCAUUCCACAUACAAAGUUUCACUGUGUGACCUGUCUGACCUAGAACUCUGCAACUUUGUAGACCAGUGUGGCCUGGAACUCACAGCAGUCUGCUGGACUCUGCCUUUCGGCUCUGCCAGGAAAUUUCAGGGAGGAUUGACUGAGGUGAGAAGACCCCGUCAUCGUCAUAGAGUAGGUGGCACUCUGAGAAGUCCACAGAAGGAGCAGUGCUUUUCCUGCGUGACUUCACUUCUUGCUGGUGAGUGCAUCGGUCUUGUUGCUGCCGCUGCUGCCGUCCUUCCCUGACAUUGGAGUCAGCUUCUUGGGCCUUCCAGUGUGGACUGAAGACCACUGAAGAAGCUGUCCCAGUGUCUUCCGAGCCCUCAGUGCCAGACUGAAGCUCCUGGGGCUUCCAGCCUUGUGAAUGGAGUCUCUUCAUCAUGGAGUCAGCCAUCGUCGGACUGUCCAGGCCUGAGGAGGGUUUGGUGAGCUUUGAGGAUCUGGUGGUGCACUUCACCCAGGAUGAGUGGGAUUUGCUGGAUCCUUCUCAGAAGACUCUCUAUGGAGAUGUGAUGCUGGAGACCUUCAGGAACUUCACUGCCACAGGAUAUGAAUGGGAAGAUCGGAAAAUUGAAGAUCGUUAUGAAGAGCCUGAAAUAAAUCUAAGGAACAUCGUAUCUCACUCUGAAUACACACAGUAUGAACAUGAAGAAUAUGAACAGAAGCCACCUGAUUCUAAUUUUCUCACAAGUGUUGAAGGCUACAUGGGAACUCACACUGUGAAUGGGCCUUCUGAGUGUGAGGUAUGUUUAAAAUCCUAUGGACUGUAUCACCUAACUUACAAUGGACAUCACAACUAUGAGUACAAAGAGUGCGUAGGAAGCCAACCUGUACGAAAAAGUUAUGAAUGCAACCAGUGUGGUAAAACUCUGAGUUCUUACAAUUCUCUUCAAAGACAUCAGAAAAUUCAUAUCGAAGAAAGACCAUAUAAAUGUCAACAGUGUAGUAAGGCCUUCAGAUGUCUCAAUGCCCUUCAGUCCCAUGAAAGAAUUCAUACUGGAGAAAAACCUUAUGAAUGUAAUCACUGUGGUACAGCUUUUAGCAGACUUACUCACUUGAGAUUGCAUGAAAAAGUUCAUACUGGAGAAAAACACUAUGAAUGUAAACAAUGUAAUAUCGUUUUCAAAUCUCAGAGUUCCUAUCAUAGACAUAAGAUAAUGCAUGGAGAGACAUUCUAUAAUUGUAAAGAGUGUGGGAAGUCCUUCAUUUAUCCCUCUUUACUUCAAAUGCAUGAAAGAACUCACACUGGUGAAAAACCCUAUGAAUGUAAACUCUGUGGUAAAACUUUUAGAUAUCAUUCUUCCAUACGAUUACAUGAAAGAACUCAUACUGGGGAAAAGCCCUAUGAAUGUAAACACUGUGGAAAAGCCUUUACACGUCAGAGUUACCUUCAAUUUCAUGAACGAAGCCAUACUGGAGAGAAACCCUAUGAAUGUAAAGAAUGUGGUAAAGCCUUCAGACAUCACUCUUACCUUCGAUUACAUGAAAGAAGACACACCGGGGAGAAACCGUACCAGUGUGUGCAGUGUGGCAGAUCCUUCAGCCGGCAGAGUUCCUUUAAGAGACACCAGUCAGUUCAUGCUGUGGAAAACCCCUAUAAAUGUCAACAGUAUCUAAUUCCUUUAUCCCUGUUUCCUUCAAAUGCAUGAAAGGAUUUACACCAGCACCAAAUCUUAUGCAUGUGAACAAUGUGAUAAAACACUUGUCCCUAUUCACAGAAGACACAUGUAAGAACUCAAAAUAGUUAUGAACCUAACAUAGUAUAGCCUUCAGGGGUCACAGGGACUAUAGAACCACAUCUCCCAGAAGUAGUUACCAAAGAUGGUAUCUUCUGCCCUUGAACUCCCAUACAAAUUUGUGGAGCUCAUAUAUCUGAGGGAGAAGUAAUACAGGGAAAAGGCCAAAAAGAGGGACUGUGAGCCACAGUAAUUUAACUCCAGAGCCCUACAGCCAAGAAAGGCCACACAUGGCCUCUGAUGGGUCAGCCUGAGCUUCUAUGACCUCUUCUAGCCAACCUAGGAGCCCAUUCCCUACAAUCACUAGAAGAUAGGUCUGCCCUUUGAAUGAACUCUUCCCAUUUGAGAUGAAAUUUCAUUUCCAUCCAAAUGAAAACCCAUGGAUUCAAAACCGUGUUCUUGAGACACAUGCUUGAAUCUUUUCUAUUCUGUGCAAUGUAUUCUAUGCUGUUACUCUCAAGUUCAAUAAAUCUAUAUAGACUCUUUGUAUUACCACUUAUUACCUGAUACUUAUUUUUUGAAAUAACCUUCAUAUCACAUCUUGACUUCCCUUCCAAAACACUUCUGGGUAAAAGAAAGGUGUUUGUAGUUAAUUUGAGGCUUUUAAUUGUUUGAAAAUUUUAUAUGUGUGUACAUUGUGUUUUGAUUAAAUCUUACCCCACACCAUCUUCUCUAGUGCCUCCCAUACUUUUUUUUUUUUUCUUUUUAAAGUAAGGUCUUACUAUGUAGCGCUGGGGCUCACUGUGUAGAACAGGUUGGCUUUGAACUCAACAGAGAUCUGCUUGCUUCCACUGACAUUAAAGGUAUGUGCCACCAGA